GUAGCUCGUCACUCUAUAUAUACACUCAUAUUCUUAAACCCUUACACCCAAAUCAUAUCAACCCCUCUCUACAUGUUUAGAUGCUUAUGAAUCUUCAUCUUCCAAGUCCCUAAUCAUUAUAUUUGAAAGUGAUUGAUCAAACUGUUGCUUAAUUCCUGUGGUGGAGACACAUCUUUCUUUUACACCAAUUCAAGCCUUGCAGUUCUGAUCAUUCAGGUUCCAAUUACAAUGAAGACAAGAGUGAAAAACUCACAGGCAAUAUGCUUCAUGUUCUUGUUUUUAUUCUUCUCAUUUAGCAAUGGAUUUGGAUAUUACAAUGAGCAUGAGUUACUUUUAUCCACUAAAGCUUCCAUCUUUGAUCCUUUGAAUUUCCUCUCCAACUGGAAGAACUCUUCAUCUUUUUGUAGCUGGAAUGGCGUUUCGUGUGAUUCCAAUUCAACCCAUGUCACCAGAAUCAAUCUUUCCAGCAAGAACUUAUCCGGAAAGAUUUCGGAUUCUUUAUUCAAGAUCUUACAUGUUGAAACAAUUGAUCUUUCCAACAAUCAACUCUCUGGUGGGAUCCCAACAAACAUAUUCUCUAGUUCUUCACUUGUUCAUCUCAACUUAAGCAACAACAAUCUAACAGGUUUGAUCCCAAAAGGUUACAUUCCAAAACUUGAGAAGUUAGAUUUCUCAAACAACUUCCUUUCGGGUGCAAUACCGGAGGAAAUUGGAUUGUUCUCCGAGCUACAAUAUCUAGAUCUUGGUGGAAAUACUUUUGUUGGCAAGAUUCCAAAGCCUCUCACAAAUCUAACAAAGUUACAAGAUUUAACUUUGGCAUCUAACCAACUAGUAGGUGAUCUACCAUCAGAAUUAGGGUUUAUGAAAAGCUUGAAGUUUAUCUACUUGGGUUACAACAAUUUCUCCGGUCGAAUUCCAAACGAAAUCGGUGAGCUAACCUUGUUGAAUCAUCUCAAUCUUGCUUUCAACAAUCUCACCGGUGAAAUCCCACCUUCACUUGGUAAUCUUACCGAACUUAACUACCUUUUCUUGUACUUCAACAAACUCACUGGUCCAAUCCCUAAAACAAUCUAUAACCUCAAGAAACUAAAAUCUCUUGAUGUUAGUGAUAAUCUUUUGUCAGGUGAGAUUCCAGAACUUGUUUCUAAUCUUAGGGUUUUAGAAGUACUCCACUUGUUUUCGAAUCAAUUUUCUGGAAAAAUACCAAAAUCAUUCACCAUUUUGCGUCACCUCAAAGUACUUCAGUUAUGGUCUAAUAAAUUUUCCGGUGAGAUUCCCGGGGAUCUAGGGUUGUACAAUAAUCUUACAAUCCUAGAUCUCUCCACCAACAAUCUCACCGGAAAAAUCCCGAAAACCCUUUGCAAUUCCGGACAUCUCCAAAAACUCAUCCUAUUUUCGAACUCGCUUGAAGGCGAAAUCCCUAAAAGCUUGAGCCUUUGCAAGAGCUUAGAAAGGGUUCGUCUUCAAGACAAUAAGUUAUCCGGUCAGUUGUUGCCGGAGUUUAUUGAACUUCCGGUUGUUUACUUUCUUGAUUUGUCAAUAAACAAUCUAUCCGGUGAGAUAAACAAAUGGAAAUGGAAAAUGCCGAAGCUCCAAAUGUUAAGUUUGUCAAGAAACAAAUUUUCAGGAGAGUUACCAGAUUCUUUUGGUAGUAACAAGCUUGAGAAUUUGGACUUGUCGGAAAAUGAAUUUUCCGGUAACAUUCCUCCAAGCUUUGGGAAGUUUCCGGAGUUAAUGGAACUGAAAUUAAGCAAGAACAAGCUUUCAGGAAAAAUACCCAAAGAGUUAUCAUCAUGCAAGAAGCUAGUGAACAUCAACUUUAGUUACAAUCAUCUCACCGGUGGAAUACCGGAAACCCUUUCAAGGCUGCCGGUUCUUGGAAAUCUUGAUUUGUCAAUGAACCAACUUUCUGGAGAAGUUCCGGAAACUCUAGGGAAUGUGGAGUCACUUGUGGAAGUGAAUAUAUCUCACAACUAUUUUCGCGGCGAGUUACCAUCCACCGGAGUGUUUACGGCUAUCAAUUACUCGGCGGUGACCGGAAACAACCUUUGUGGGGGUGCCUCCGGCACCCAUUUACCACCAUGCAAGAUGAUUAAUAUUAAAAACUUUAAUUGGUGGUUUUUUUGGAUGGCUUUGGGUGUGGUUACAUUUGCUGCUAUUUCCAUUAUGGUUGUCUUGUAUGUUAAAAAAAGAAAUGAAGAUCUGUACAAGAUGACCAGAAUGGAAAGCGAGAUAGACGGAGGUGGGGAAUGGGAGUUGCUAUAUUUCGAACAAAAAGCUUCGAAAAUGCUAGCGAUCGAUGAAAUUCUACAAUCUUUGAGAGGGCACAAGAAUGUGAUAGCAACGAAAUAUAUGCAAUAUUUCAUCAAGGAAUUCAAUGGGAUCAAUCUUGAAAACAAUCUCUUAAUCAAACUCAAGGAUUUUGGCAUGAUUCGGCAUACGAAUAUCGCCAAACUAGUUGCGAUUUGCAAGUCGGAAAAGGGAAGAUUGAUCUUGGUUCAUGAAUAUGUUGAAGGGAAGAAGCUAAGUGAAAUUAUGGGAGAGUUAAGUUGGGAAAGCCGGGGGAAAAUGGCGAUAGGAAUCGCGAAAGCGCUACGUUAUUUGCAUGGUUGUUGCUCACCGGCGCCUGUUGUUGUUGGCAAUAUGUCACCGGAAAAUGUUAUGGUGGUUGCUGGGAAAGAUGAGGCCUGUGUAAAACUGAGUCUUCCGGAUAUGAUAUUUCCUGACAUGAAGUGUUUGGUUUCUUCAGCCUAUGUUGCACCAGAGACAAAAGAGACUAAAGAGAUAACCGAGAGUAGUGACAUAUACGGAUUCGGCCUAAUCCUAAUCGAGCUACUUACAGGGAAAACUCCGGUUGAUGCCGAGAUUGGUUUGCAUGAAAACGUAGUCGAGUGGGCACGAUAUUGCUACUCGGAUUGUCACCUCGAGGCAUGGGUUGAUCCAUUAAUUAAGGUGCAUGCAUUGAAAAACCCUAAUCACAUAGUAGAGAUCAUGUAUCUUGCACUGCAGUGCACUGCUCAUGAUAUAGCUGCACGGCCAUAUGCAGAGGAUGUACUGAAAAGACUAGAAUCUAUUAUGAGGUCAAGUACUUUAUGUUUCUAGUUAAGUAUUAAUCAAGUUUUUUUUUUUUUUUUAUGAUCUUGUAUUUUGUUUUUAUUUUACUUUUUUCUUACUCUUUUAGCAUGAAGUUAAUUUUCCUUUGAGUGGUAGUGAA